AAACAGAGCUAGCCUUUAUUUGUUAAUUUAAUUAAUUUCAAGUAAUACUAAGUUGUUUAAUGAAUAUAUUGUAUUAGAACCUAAUAAAUCGUUCAAGAUGGAUGUAUUUGACAAGUUAAAUGAGUUUCUAAGCAAUGAAGAUGAAUCGUUCAAGUAUGAUUCUGUCGACAUGACAGAUGACUCAAUAGUUCAGGAUAAAAUAGAAGUUCCACAACAAAACGAGAAUUUAAGCCAAAAUAGUUCGAAAAGCACUCAGUCACAAGAAAAUUCACAAAAAUUAAGAAGAUCCAAGCGAGGUCGAGCAUCACAAAACAGCAGUAACGAUGACAUAUUGGAUCUAACAAAUGAAUUUGCUUACCCAACACACGGUGGGAAGAAGAAGAACCGAAGAAAACUAGCUGAUGAGAUUCCAACAAUUGUCAUUGAGGAACAAAUCGAUUUAAGUAAUAUUGUGACACCUGAUUCAAGCCUAAACACCAGCAAUGCUAGUUCAACUUCGGGACGUGGUGGAAAAAAAGGAAGGAAACCAAAAGCACCAAGAAAAGUCUCAUAUAAGAAGGCAAUGGAACUUUUAUCAGCACCAAUUCCAGAGCCUAUUUCAAAGCAGCCAUCAAAUGAAUUUAUUCCACAAGCUUCAUCUACACAAAGAACGCGAUCAAGCGAUUAUGCUGUAGACUUAACAGGCGAUGUAGAAAUGGGCGAUAUACACAACAAAAAUCCAAUAUUCCAAAAAGUUGAUAUAGUCAAAGAAAAAGUUGAGAGUGCUUCUCAAGAAAGAUUCAGUUUGGGACUGGAUGAUGACAUAGACUUGAUCUACGUCAAUGUAAAGAUUAAAGGGAAGAUUAAGAAGUAUCGAUUUAAAGCAGAUCAACGAUUUUAUGAUUUAUUUAAGUUGAUUGGAGAAGAUCAGGACCUUCCAGCUAGCAAUGUAGUUUUAUUCAUUGGAGAAAAGAGAAUUCAUCCAGAGGAUACGCCCGAUUCUAUUAACCAUCGUGUCUCAUUCAUCUAUACUUGUCGUUUUACGGAUUCAUCAAACUUGCAAGUUAACAAAAAAGACAAAAUUGAGAUAAAGUUCCAGUCAGAUAAAUGGAAAAAGCCAAUAUCACUUAAAGUUUCACGUUUUGAGUCAUUUCUUUCACACAUUCAGUUGCUGUGCAAAGAAGUCAAUUUUAAGCCUGAACAGUUUUCACUUAAAUUUGAUGGUGAUGAUAUUGAUAUGAAAAAUUCAGCUAUAGAACUCGAAUUUGAAGGUGGAGAGAUCAUCGACUGUCGUGUUAAGACUUAAUGUUUUUAUAUAUUUUUUUUUCAUUCCUUGUUAUACUCAGUUUCUGUUAAAAAGAGCAAUUUUUAAAAGAAAUAAAGCUUUACUUACGAUCA